AUGAUGUCAUCGCCCGGCGAACGCGAAUCGGGCGGAAAUAGAGUUCUGCCCGACGAUUCUUACGUAAGCGAUUACAGAUGAUUUAAUUAAUCAAAUUAAGAUCUGUAAAAGUCAGAAGAAUCGUAAUAGAACAAAGUAUAUUUUGGUAAAUUAAAAUCACAAAAACUAUCACUAAAUAAAGCGUAAAGUAAGUUGAAAGUAGGAAAACAGAGUUCCAGCGUCGUGACGGCGAUGCGUCGGCAAUGCACCAGAAUCCUGAGCGUUCGGGAGGAUCGUCGUGCAGUGUCCACGGCCUCAAAGGCUCUCCUUGGACAAAGACGACGUGGGCAAUCUCUAGAUCUUCUCGCGAAGUCUAGAAAUUAAUGAAAUGGGUCGCCGAGUCGUCUUUGGCGGCUAUCACUCGGCGGAGCAGAAAAACAACGACUUUGCGGCUCUCCGGCGGCUGUCACCCGACGGAGAGGAGUUGGAUGGAGGUGGGGCGCAUGUCAGGGAGCUUCAUCUUCAAGUCCGCGCAGCAAGAGGAGGCUCUUCAUCGCAUCUGGUAUGCUCUCAGGAGGUGACGACUCGUCUCCCGGCGGAUCGUCUUCUUCCCGACGAUGACUUGUUCAUCGAUCAAUCGGAGAUGAUUUACUCGAUGUAUUCGCGAUCCUUUUAUCGCGAAUCGUUCAGCAAUUUUAGUAGCAAUGCUCCGCGAAUCGCGUUGACAAGAUUUUCGCCGAUGAUCUAGCGAUUCUCGUUGCUUAAUCCUUCACCGGUGAUCUGCAGGAAAGUCGCGAUAAUCAGAUAAAAAUAUAUGAAUUUUGACUCUGGGAGGAUUCGAACCCGCGCCGGUCGCCCGCCUCUGAGGAAGGUGUGACGCGAGUUUAGUCCCACAUCAGUUGUGCGCCGAUUUUUCGGGCGAAUAUAUAGUAAUGUUAGCUUUGUAAGCAAAGUCCCUUCUCUUGUGUGUAUGACCACUCCUUGCCCCACAGCCGGCUGGCCACCGGUGACGUGGAAGGGGAGUGGCGCACACGUGCCCCUAUCGGUCCAAGCUAAGCCGCUCGAGCCCCUACUCGCAGCUACUCCCCGACUAGGCUUCCGACCUGCUUGUGGGCCCGGCUGGCCGGCGGGUCCCCCCAUUUUGCAAUAUUUUUAUUUUUAUUUCUUGUUCUUCAUUUAUCUCAAAAGUAAGACUGUAAAAAUCAUAUAAAAUCACAUAAUUACCCAAAAAUUCACGUUAAUCAACUGAAAACCACAAAUCAUACUUUAACACAAAUAUAAGUCUAUUUAUCAUGAGUUAAGGCUAAAACUAUAUUAUUUACUAAUUAUUAACUCAUGAUAAUGAAGACUUAUCAUUGCCCCUUGUAGGUCUACUAUGCUGCUACUUCUUCUGUGACAUUCUCCCACCCUUGAAGAAUCUGAUGUCCUCAUCGGGUGAGUUGCAAGCUACUUGACAAGUUGUUUCUCAAACUGUCAUAGGUCCUUGUGGUGCUAUGUUGUUGCUUCUUGUGAGUCAUCUUCCCAUCAUAUGAGGAAGUCGGUGUGCUUGUGCACAUUAUGGUGGUCACCUUCGUCGGUGAACCUGUGGGUCAGGAUAUUAUCAAUUUUCCUAAAGAGGGUUUGAUAAGUCUUCAUUAUCAUGAGUUAAUAAUUAGUAAAUAAUUUAGUUUUAGCCUUAACUCAUGAUAAAUAGACUUAUAUUUACGUUAAAGUGUGAAAAAUAGUUUCAGUUGAUUAACGUGAAUUUUUAGGUAAUUAUGUGAUUUUAUACAAAUUUAUAUGAUUUUUAUAGUCUUACUUUUGAGAUAAAUAAAGAAAAAGAAAUAAAAAUAAAAAUAAAACAAAAUGGGAGGCAUUUGCUAGCCAACCAGGCCCGCAAGCGGGUCAGAAGCACAGUCGGGGAGUAGCCGUGAGCAAGGGCUCGAGUGGCUUGGAUUGAUAGGGGCAUGUGUGCACCACCCCCCUUCUAUGUCACAAGUGGCCAGCCGACUGUGGGGCAAGGAGUGGUCGUACACACGCGAGAAAGGGAGUUGCUUGCAAAUGUAAUAUUACUGUAUAUUUGCCCAAAAAUUCAGCGCACAAGCGAUGUGGAACUAAACUCGCGUCACCUUCCCUAGAAAGGGCGGGCAAUUGGCGUGAGUUUGAAUCCUCUUAGAGCCAAAACUCAUAUUUUUUAUCUGAUUAUCGCGACUUUCUUGCAGAUCGCCAGUAAAGGAUUAAGUAACUAGAAUUGCUGAAUCAUUAGUGAAAAUCUUGUCAACGCGAUUCGCAGAGCAUUGUUACUAAAAUUACUGAAUGAUUCGUGAUAAAAAGAUCGCAAAUCCAUCGAGUAA